AUGACUUGGCGCAAGAACCGCUUUUCUUCAUCUCCGAGCAACCGUCCAGUGUCUUUUGGUGGUCGUUCUGGUCGUGGCGGACGUCGUCGUCCACCUGGAGAACCCACAGAUCAAGACAUUGCACGCAUGGUCCAGCAGAGCGCAUUGCGUGUGAAUGUGACGCUGGAAUUUGGAGCUGGAGACGAUGAAACAGACCGAUUGUGUCACGUUCUUAUGGCGUUUGAACAAAGUGUUGAAGCUCGACGCAGCCACGCAGUGACGGAGUGUCAUGACGUGCGCGUGCAGCUGCUGGAAUGCGGUUUGAACAAGUGGCAGGACUUGGUGGAACUGCAGCGCGUGUUGACGGCGUUCAAGAGAUUAACGGAUGGCGACGAGCAGUUGCAGCUGAUGGCCAAGACGUUGUUGCGUUAUGAUACCGAGUGGACGUUGCAUUUGAGAGUUGAGAGAGCGUCCGAGGACGCGCUGUGGAGGUUGGCGAGCAGUUUAAUGCUGAGACUCAAGAGCUGUGGUGUCAUGUCGAGAGUUUUGCUACCGACGUCUCUAUUGACGUUAUCGUUGGCGUCGACUGUUGUUGAUUGUGAAAAUGUGGACGUCGAAAAGUAUCACUGGGAAGGAAAACUAGUGUGGAGUCAGAUGAUGCUUUUUGUGGCGGGUGAGAAGAGAGAGGAGAUUCAAAGGGUGUUAUUUCCGCCAAUUCGAGAGGUGGUGACGGCUGCACGGGCUAAUCUUGAGGAACUGCGGUAUCCUGAGCUAGUGACUUAUAUGAAUGGUAUACUAAGUAGCAGUACUGACUCGGAAAGAGCUGUGGUAGUUAUUUUACGAGGAAUUCCAGGGAGUGGAAAGAGUACGAUUUGGCGCGAUAUGAAGGCGAUUUGUAGCCACAAAAGAGUAGUGUUCACAGCCUGUUCGGCUGAUUUUUUCUUCGAAACGAAGCGAGGAUAUAUUUUUGAUGUAACGAAGCUGAAAGCUGCCCAUGGAAAAUGCAAGACAGACUUUACGAAGGUCGUUGAAGACUCGUUUUCGCGUACAAACAAAGACAGCCGUCCUCACCAGCACGUUGUUCUGGUCGACAAUACCAAUACCCAGAGAUGGGAAUAUCAGCCGUACGAAGAUAUUGCAAAGGCUAAGGGCUGUCGUGUUCAUAUUGUUGAAAUGAAGUGUCCAGACAUUCUGACGGCAUUCCGAAUGGGCCAACGCAAUUCACACGGCGUCCCUCCUGACAAAGUUGUCGAUAUGUUUUUGCGGUGGGAAGCGGACAAGCGCGCUCGCUGCUUCAUGCCCCAAUUUGAGUAUCCUACGCUCUCCGCAAAUCCGCUUUCCGAUGGUGAUGUUGGACGUUUGACCUACCUCGGUCUGUUUUUGGAUGAUGUGUCGCGAACGAAGCUGACCACACAGAUUCGCACAGUACAUCUGAACAAAUAUGCUGACCACGUGACAUUGUUUUAUCGGCCGAACAAACAAUAUAUUAGGGAUGCUGAACUUGGUGCCCCAUUCCCUGUUCGUGGUGUUGAAGUUGUACAAGAUGACCGUGGCCAAGCUCUACGAGUCGAGCUGGAUGAGCGACUGCCUUUGCAAGUAAAAAGCAAAAUGCCGCAUAUCACGAUGUCGACAAAGGGUGGCGUGCGUCCGGUAUACUCUAACGAUCUCCUAGGCAGCUCUACAGCAAGACGAACGGUAAUUGAUCCGCCAAUCGAUUUAACAGCUCGUGUCGUGGCUGUUUUUCAUAUCCAGAAUCAGGAAGUGAAGAUGACAACGUCGCCAUUUGCCGUAGAUGCAGCGCCUGCCGACAUCGAUCACUUGCGUCCUAUCAACGAUGAUUGCGUAUUGGCAGAUACGAACCCACCUGCUAGUCCGGAAUUAUUUAUUUUGCACGUGAGAGAAUGCGAUCUUGCCGAUGAUGCUGAAGAGGCUACGACGAAGCUUUUGAAGAGGGCUCAGAUUCUGCACCAAAUGGGCUCCGAGCACAAGGGGCGCCGUCUGCUUUGCUUCCACGAAUCCCAGGUGUCCCCAUCGUUAUCAGUAUCAGCAUUGCUGAGCAAAAUACAAGCCUACUAUCGUUUCUCGUCAGCACAGAUUUUCGACGACGUGGUGGUGAUUCCUCACCCUUUUUCGUUCGAAGGGUUCAAAGAGACCAUUAACAACUUUGUGUCAGUAGCUGAUUUGGGGCAGACGAAACACCUUUCGAUGCUGACAACCGUCGAAGAAUCGAUGAUGUGGCCUCUUCGUGAGAUUAAUUUGCGUCAUGAUGCUGCUGUGAGCGUUUUCCGUACCGUUGUUGGAUUUGAAAGUGGUGCGAUGCGGGGUAAUACUGCGCUGGAACCUCCAUGCUCAACAUUCUUUUUGUUGUUGGAUUUGCUGAGCAUUAAUAUAGAGGAACGCACGCGGAGCGUAAUCCUUCGUGGCAUUGACACCGUUAGUGAUGCUUGGGAUAGAGUUUUGGGGGCUAAAGUCAACUGUUCAGUGCAACGCCUCGAUACAACUUUAAUUGGCUUGUCCGCAAGUGUUGUUGAUCUGUGCUUGGUGCUGCCAAAUGAGACUUCCCUUAGCGAGGUGCCAACACUUCGGAUGAAACUAUUGAGCGAACUUGACAAUACACGAAGUGUCCAUCAUGCUGUUGGUGGCUCGAGCGUUCCUGGUCUGAUCUACUUUAGCCUACGUACUGCAUCGAGCUACUCCCCCAUUUUCUGCAUGAAAAUGACAACACGAUCGAAGGAAUUCGGUGAUGGAGUUGACCCCAACAUCAUUGCCCAAUUAGAGUUCUGCGAGAAUCAAGUAAAGACAAGCCGCGCGAUUUGUGAUGUCGAGGUGUACAGUGUGCUAACUGCACUUCUUCGUGCGAUUUUGUUAAGUCGGUGUAGUAAGCUACUACCGAGCAAGUGCGAGCUAUCUUCCUUGGUCAAUCUCAUUAGUGAGCGGUUGAUUUUGCGAUAUUUUGGUACCAUCGAUUCAUCUGGUGGAGUGGAUGCAAUGCCGACGGCAGCGGACGUCGAGUCUGGCCGCAUUAUCUUCACGCUGUACCAAAUGCUGAAUUCUUUAUCAAAGCUAAACUCGGACGAGUGGGCUGUUGCAUUCGGGACCUCGCUGCAAGCGCUUCAAGGCAACAAAAACGCACAAACGGCAUGGAUUCGAGCGAUGAAAAAGGUAGUGCAAAACUGCACGGUCGUGAUGGAUUCCCAUCGCUGUAUUGAGGAAGGGUUGAAAAGGGCUAUCUCCUUGAAAUCAACGGACCAUCUUCAAGUCCUUGCCGCGCUUAUUAGGGCAAAUGAUGACGUAAUCAUUAAUGCAUCUUCCGUGCGUGCAUCCGUAAAGGUUUCCAGUCACCUCAAGUGGAGUCAAGUGCAUUCACUUGCGCUUUGUGACAAGCUACGGCACGAGGCGACGAUGGAAAUAGGACCUCAUGAUGACGACGAGCGUAAUCCAAAUCGCCCGGAUUUUUUCUCCUGUCGACCAAGUCUAGUUGCUCGCCACAUUGACGUGACGACGUCAUCGCUUGAGAAAUUACGCCAUAUCAUGGCGAAGAUUUCAAUGCUUGAUACUUUCGAGGACGAGAAUGAAGAUAAUGACUACAGGUACGUGAUUUGCCAGACAGAGAGUGACGAAGAAGGUUUUGUCGACGAGAGUCCAUCGUUUAUUGAAGCAAGCGCUGAAUACGAAGAAGAGAAGACCAUGUAA